AUGGUAGCACGUCAAGCCAGAUCACUAUUGGACAACAACAGUGCCUCAAAGGCCUCCUUGCCAAAUGGUACAGUCCACAAGAGAAGCACCAAUGGCAGCAAAUGCCAAGUAGCUGCAUCCUACACGGUAAAGGCGAAGGUGAACACGGGGACUCUGUCCGCGUGCAAGCCAGAUUCGGCACCACUGAAGAAACGUAUUUUGGCCUCGUUUACUCAGUCCAACGACAACAAUACUGCAGAACCAUUGUCACAGAGAAAGCCUCAGCCUGUGGAGGACUGGAACAUGCCCCCUCCUGCACCUCGAAAUCCCCGUCUUUCACAGUCGGCACCCACAUCGCCGUUGGGAGGGCUGGUGAAAGGAUCUGCCACUAGUCGACAGCAACUCAAGUCAGCUGACGGGGCACCUCAUCUGGGACCCAUUCCUCUUCUCCGCAAGCGCUCUGAGAGCAUGGGGAGCGAUCUUUUGUCCGGAACCAGUGGUAGCCGAAGGGUUGUUUCGUUUGCCCCAAGGGCCGAGCCAGCUUCAAUGGAUGUGGCCGUGGAACUAGAGUCACCAGGCUUGGGGGAAGAAAGUGAUGACUUCCGUGGCACACAAAGCAGAGCCCGGAGUGCUUCUUGUCAUGUCCUUUCUACUAACCAGCAAAGCGGGGUCGCAUGUGGAACUAUCUACGAGGAAAUUGGCCAUUCCGCAGGCUGCAUGGACGAAUGA